GUAGCGGUGUGGCCGGGCGCUAAGGGGCGCGAUCAAGCAUUCCGGCGGUAUAUAUCGCCUCAUUACGGACGGUCUAAUAAUACGUCAUAUUACUAUUAGAAAAUACAUAAUAAAAAUACAAUUUGUAAAUAUCCUUAUAAUUGUUCUCAAACUUAUUUUCCAGAUUUUGAAACUAGCUAUUAUAUAUUCUAGACAAACAUUUUAAAGCAACCACAAAGUCAUUGAACUAGCGAGUUCAUAAUAGGGUUAUAUUUGUUAUCUUUUUCUAAAUUAUAAAUUCUAAAUUAAAUUUUUGAUGACACAGUCAAAGAAAAAUUUCAUGGGUAAAGCAUACCCGUUGUAAUUGUUCUGAUAUAAAGAUUUUUUGACACUAGGAUUAGGGAAUGCGAUCGUGGAAGCGGCUACAAAUAUGAACAGAUUACUCGAAAACUUAUCACCAUCACGUCUAAUAAGGCGAUUCAAAGAGAAAGACGAAAGCUACACCAUCAAGUUUCAGAUGCCCGGGUUGUCGAAAGAUGAUAUGAAGAUCACAGUUGAAGAUGGGAUGUUGUUCAUUCGAGGCGAGCAUAAGGACGAGGAAGAAGGUUCUGAUGACGAUGAGUUUUGGUCGGCCGCCACCUAUGGGUACUAUAACACUAGUCUCAUGCUGCCGGAAGAUGCGAAAGUGGAGGAGAUUAAGGCGGAGAUGAAGGAUGGAGUGUUGCAUGUUGUUAUACCAAAAGAUGAGACCAAGAAGAAGCAAAUCAAGGAGGUUCAUGUUGGCUAGUUUUUAUAAAAAGAAAAAAAUAACUUUUUUAUAAAAAUGUGUGAUGUAUCAUGU